AUGAUUAAAAUACGGCGAAUAAAUUUAUACAAAAAGAUUAAGGAAAAGAUCCCUUAUGGAGUUAAACAAAGCCAAAACUAUAAAGAUGCCAAAAAACAAGAAAGAUUAUCUUUAGAGGCUAAUAGAAAAUUAAAAGAAAGUCGAGGUAUGCUAUUAGAGGGGAAAAAAAACUUAUUCAUGUGUUUAAGGCAAAAUAGUGAUAUAAAUUGGUAUAGAGCUGGUCAAAUUUUAAAACAUUUAGAAAUUCAUCAAAGAGCUAAACCAGAAAUAACUUCAAAAAUGCGAGAAAAAAUUACAGAUAUUGCUAAUUUUGUAAAAAAGGGAAGAUAA